UAUUUUCGGUUUUAAAUUGAUAAGAUAGCGUAAUCAAUUUAGAACGUAAAUUGUUCAGUUCAUUUAAGAUCUUAUAGCCACGUUGGAAGCCAGAAAGUGCACAAUGAAACAACUAGUGUUGACUUUUGCCUUUGUUUUAACUAUUUAUUUCGCUUGGGUCGAUCCAGUGUCGUGUGUUUCCUGUACAGUGAAUGGUGAAUGUAACAGUACGACAAACUGUAACGGUGAUAACAGUUACCCUAUCUGCCAACAUCCUGAUGGUGCUGAAAUAGUUGCCGGCGGUGGGUUGUGCACGUGCAGUGUCAGCACACCAAGUGGAUCGUGUACUUACGCGUCGGACUGUUAUGAUAUAGCAGGCCUGAACUGUGACAACGAUACCAGACAUUGCUUUGAUAACAACUGCAUAUGUUCAAGGUUCCCUAUUGGUUGAUAGUUACAUACAGUGUGAUAUGUAUAAAAAGAAUAAAGAACAGAUGUAGAAAUUUGA